CCAAGGGAUCCCGGAUGGCUCCGGUUAAAAUCAGCUACGUCGUGUCCUUCUCCUCGCAGGACCCCAAGUACCCGGUGGAGAACUUGCUGUGUGAGGACAGCCUUCGUCCCUGGCUCGGCUGCCCCCAGGACCGCAGCAGGCAGCUGAGAGUGGAGCUGCAGCUGGAGAGAGCCAGUCCCAUCGGCUACGUGGACGUCGGCAACUGCGGCUGCGCCUUUCUCCAGAUCGAGGUGGGACGUUCCUCGUGGCCACUCGACCGGCCCUACCUCAUCCUCGUGCCCAGCGUCGCGCUGAUGACGCCGGCUGACUCGAAGCUGGACCAGAAUCGCUGCGGGGUCCGGAUGUUUAAGGAAGCAGAUUUCCUGGCGCUGGCGGUGGGGCAGAAGUGGGACCGCCUGCGGCUCACCUGCAGCCAGCCCUUCAGCAAGCGCAGCCAGUUCGGGCUCUCCUUCGUCCGUGUGCGGACGCCACUGGACCCCCAGCACCCCCAGCCGCCCUCGCAGCAAGGCCUGGAGGAUGCUGAGCCCGCAGACGGCCCCCGGUGCACCAACCCUGCCCUUUGCCGGACUUUCUUUCCAGAACCGCGCUCGAGCUCGAGGGAGGAGGAGCAGCUGAAGAGCCGCCUGCGGCAGCUGGAACCAGCCGCCUCGAGCCCAGCCCGCCUCAGCCGCCCGGCCCGGAUGGUGCUGUCGGCAGCGCGGAGCCGGGCAUUGAGGCCCAGAGCCGGCACAGGCGCCCCGGGGGGUGAUCCGGAGCUGCCGGCCGAGGACCUGGGAGCCCCUGCGGUGCCAGGGUCUGUGCAGGAUGUCCCCGCAGCCCCGACGAGAGCCCGCAGGCAGCCGGACAGCAGGCAGAGAGCUCCCAACCCUGCGGGCAGGUCUCUGCCAGCCGCCUCGAGGCAGUCCAGGUCAGGGGGAAGAGCCAGAGCCCGCAGCCACCGAGAGAGACGGGCCGGGAGGGGUGACAGCGGAGGGGACAGCAGUGGUGGGGAGACGGGCGUCUGCCCCAUCUGCUCAGGUCGCUUCAGCCUGGAUCUCCUCCCCGUGCACGCCUCUCGCUGCGGGGAGGAAGACCCCGAUGCAGCCUGGCCUUCCUCCCCGCUGGUGGGGGUGUCCCCCGACGCCUGGGUGUUCUGCCCCAUCUGCGAGCUGCCCUUCGGCGCGGCGGAGGUGGAGCGGCACGCCAGCGCCUGCGGGGAGCAGGCAGGGACGCCGGGCACCCCGUCCUCGUCCUACCGCGUGGGGUAAGGCUGCGAGGACAGCGGCGGGGGGGACGACAACAAAAACUCCGUGUCCCGGCACACAGGGGCUGAAGCCACGUUGUUGCGGCUAUUGGGAGACGCCGGACCGGAGCCCUGCCUGCCCCAUUGGGUGAGCUUGCUGCCUGCUUGCUGCCUGCGUCGGCAGAGCAGCGCUGCUGGACCUGGUUGUGCCACAGCAAGGCGCAGGGGCAGGAUUUGGGUAGGGAAUGAGCCUGCGCAGGAGUGCCAGCCACGCUGGCAGAGGCUCAGCGGGCCCGGUAAAGUUGUGGCAAGGCUGGUGUGGGGAUG